AUGGAUUCCAGGCAUGGUAAAGUUAGAAUGAAUGUAGAAGGUGAUAGACUAAGCACCUUGCCAGACGAUCUUAUCCAUAAGAUCCUCUUCUUUCUUGGAAUUAGAUAUGCAGUCCAAACAAGUGUGUUGUCACCUAGAUGGAGGUACAUCUGGACUACAAUGCCCUGUCUCGGUUUCUCAAGUGAGGAUUUGCAUUAUCGCAGGUUCUUCAAAUUUGUUACACGUUUUUUGUCUGGCCGAAAUAAUCAAACAAAAGUGCAUUGUGUCAAGCUCGCUUUUCAUGAAAAGGAUGGCCAUCUGUUUGUCGAAAGAGUUUUGGAAUUUGCAUUCUCCAACAAUGUCAAACAACUAAACAUUACUUGCUUGUAUGAAACUGAAAAUGUGGGGUUUUUACAGGGGUUUUUACAGCGUUCAUACGAAACCCCUCUUUCUGUCUAUAAUUCUCAGUCUCUCGAAAAUCUCACUUUGUCCUUCACUUACUCCUUCACUUACAGAAGUUACAUUACGAUCCCACCUACAUGGUACAUGCCGGCUUUAACAACACUGAAUCUCCUUUGUGUGGUAUUGAAUGCUGGCAAAACUACUGAAAAGUACGACAGUCUUUUCUGGAAUUGUGCAAACUUGAAGAAUCUCACCUUAAAGGGUUGCAGAAUAAUGGAUGGAUCGGAAUAUCUCAAUAUAUGCCACCAUGGAUUAUCUAAUCUAACACUUGAAAACGGUCUUGGGGGAGUCAAUGUGGUUACACCUCAACUUAAGAAUCUCACUAUAAGAAAUUGGCCAGGGAUUCAUCUUAUUUCCGCACCCAACCUUGCCUCCUUGCAUUAUAAAGAUGAUGAUUAUGGUAGACUCUUGAAGGUUUCUACCGACCUUCUUCAUUUGCAGAAAGCGGAUAUAUGUAUUCUGCAACACUCUGGAUCAUUGCAAUCACUUUUUUCCGGCCUCCGUCUCCAGCCAUAUAUUCAUAAUAUAGUUUUUCUUCUUCAACAGCUCCGUAGUGUCAAAUUUCUUACGCUUAACUUGGAACUUGUCAAGCUUCUAUCUUCAUCAGUGGAACUAAUCUCAGAUCAACCUUCUCCGUUCACCGACUUAAAGAGUUUAAAGAUUUAUCCAGCUGAUAUUACCAUCCCAGAGGUAACCUUGUCUACUGAAGUCAAAAACUUUUUGCUAGAUAGUUCUCAAGGUGCCACCUUUACACUGGUUUCACAUGAGGAGGUUAGAGCUGUCAGGAAUGUUGCAUCAGCAGAAAACCUUAUGAGAAAGUUGCAGGUGUUACUAGAUAAGUGGAAAGAAAAUAGUGAAAUAAAUACGACUGAUAUGGAGCAGGACAAGGCACCAAUGGAAAGCCAAACGGCAACAAUGCAUGAGCAAGUGGAAGUUGAGAACGAAAGGGCAUUUCCGGACACGAAAAUCAAAUGGCAUUUUGGGGAUAGAAUGACACAUAUCGAGAGCUAUUGGGAAGGUCUGAAUGAGCAGUAUGAGAAAGGGUAUGAAAAUACUGGUCACACAAUUUCAAUGUUGCGGGAGAUUAAAGUAAUACUGACAAAGUUGCCUGCAUCACAUCGGGAUAAGUUGGAAGGAAGGUUUUCUGGUUUGUGUGUAGAGGCUGAGACAAUCAUGGAUAAUGUGAUGGAUUGUAUGAAGAUCAAAUGCGGUAAGACGCCAAAUCGUUCAAAUGUCUCCUCUCAUGAACUUGUUACGUCACCACAGCGAUCUUCUUGA